AUGGCGCCAAGCACACCUUCCCUGUCCACUCUCAGCAUCCAUGCCGACGACCCCAUCAACCACAUCACAGACGUAGCCCCACCACUCCACGUCUCCUCAACAUUCCGCUACCCAGAAGAUCCCUCCAAACUCGUUCCUGCAAGAGAAAUCGACCCUUUGACAUUCUUCGCAGCUCCAGGCGGUGCCAUCAAACCUGAUGCUCAUGUCUAUUCUCGCCUCACAGCGCCCAACACAUCUCGUUUAGAAACACUCCUGUCCGCCCUCCUCAAAGCUCCCUGUCUGACUUACUCUUCCGGUCUCGCGGCUUUCCAUGCCCUCCUCACCUGGCUGAAUCCAAAGGUUGUUGCCAUUGGUGCUGGGUAUCAUGGCUGUCAUGGAGUAUUGAAAAUCUACCAGAAGCUUACAAAAUGUAAGAUUGUAGAUCUCUUCGACGAGGGAAGUUGGGGAGAGCUGGGAGAGGGAGACGUUGUGCACUUGGAAACACCAUUGAAUCCUUCUGGGAAAGCCUUUAACGUCAAGCAUUUCGCUGAGAUGGCACACAAAAGAGGUGCGGUUUUGACGGUAGACGCGACAUUUGCUCCCCCACCGCUCCUCGAUCCCUUCAAGUUUGGCGCCGACUUUGUUAUGCACAGUGGCACAAAGUACUUCGGCGGUCACUCCGACAUGCUCUGCGGAGUGAUUGCGGUCCAACCUGCACGGGUGAAGGAUUACUGGGGCAUGUUCGGCGAACGGGUCUACCUGGGUUCCGUGAUGGGCAGUCUGGAGGGAUGGCUUGGCGUGCGAAGCUUGAGGACUCUUGAGUUGCGAGUCAUGAGGCAGAGCGAGAAUGCCACGAAGCUCGUGCAAUGGAUUGCGGAUAGUCUGGAACAGGGGCAGGACUUURGCGUUGUACAGAAGCUGGAGCAUGCGAGCUUACAGAAGGAGGACAUGGGAUGGCUACAUGAACAGAUGCCCAAUGGAUAUGGGCCUGUUUUCAGCAUCUGGUUGAAAACGGAGGAGUUGGCAAAGUCCUUGCCUAGCAAGCUGCACUUCUUCCAUCACGCAACGAGCUUGGGUGGUGUGGAGAGUUUGAUUGAAUGGAGGAGCAUGAGCGAUGAUACUGUCGAGGGAAACUUGCUGAGAGUCAGUGUUGGUGUGGAGAAUUGGGAAGACUUGAAGACCGACUUGCUAGAGGGUUUCCAAGCUCUCGCUGCGGAAGCGGGUUCCCCAGAAGCGAAAUGA